AUGGCGAAGGAGAAGGCCGUCUUCUGCCACAGCUUCCCCACGGACCGGUCUCUAGGAUUCACGAUCUGCGUCGCGCGCUACGGCGAGUCCGGCCGGCGCUUCAUCCAGGUCGACGCGACGUCCCCGGCCUGCGACCUCUACAACAAGCUCAAGCCCUCCGACGAGCUCAUCGCCAUCAACGACCAGCUCAUCUACGACGUCGACGAGGCCGGCGCGAACGUCGUCAAAGCUGCGAUCAAAAGCUCCGCGGACCGCCGGGUCAAGCUCACCUUCGUCAAGGGCGAGCACCGCGACGCCGCGGACCGCGACAUGCACGCCAGCGGCAGCUUCGCGGGCACGACCGACGACCGCCGCGACUCCAUUUUAGACGCGAAAUCGCAGGCGGAACGGCUCCCGGGGUCGUCGCUCCGCGAGGACGCGGCCCACGCGGAGGCCAACGCCUACGACGCCCAGCUCAGCGCCUCCGAGGCCAUCAAGGCCAACGAGCCCGUGGAGGCCGUCAAAGCCCACGUCCAGCGCGCGAGCGACGAGCGCGACGUCAACGGCUCCGUCUUCCACGUCCACUACCCGCUCAAACGGUCCGUGCGCCACCUGCGCGCCGCGGACGCGGAGGACCGGGCCGGGUGGGUCGACGCGAUCCACGCGGCCGUCGCCGCGGGCCGCGUCGCCGAGGAGGCCAUCGUCUACCCGGCCGUGCAGAAGCGGGCCAGCGCCGUGGAGAAGAUGCGCCGCAAGAGUGUCGUCCUCGAGGACAUCGACGACAAGUUCGACUUCAAGGACACGAUCGUGCCCGCGGCGCGCCACGGCGCGCCCGUGGCCUUCGAGAAGGACUUCGAGACCGUCCAGGUCGAGCGCCGCGCGCGCGCCUUCUCCGAGGAGAAGGGCGCCCCGGAGGCGCCGCAAAAGCCGGCGGAGCCGGAGAAGCCGCCGCCCGCGAGGAAGUUCCCCCGCCGCGACGCCGACGCGCCGCGGGGCCCGCCGGACGCGCGCGCGGGCACGCCGACGCGCGAGGAGGUCGCGGUCUCCGCCGGCACCGUGUCCUCCAUCAAGAAGGGCGUCUUCUCGAGCAGGGGCGCGUCGCCGUCGGAGAAGCCCGCGUCGCCGCCCAAGGCCGACGACGUCCCCGCGGCGGGCACGGUCUCCGAGGCGCGCGAGGCUUUCGCGCGGCGCGCGUCCGGCGCGUCCGAGAAGCCGCUCAAGGCCGCGCGGAGCCCCGCGGCGAAGAUCGGCGGCGGCGAGAUCGCGCGGCGCCGGUUGCUGUUCACCGUCGCCACGGAGCCGCCGCCGAUUUUCCGCAAGAAGCAGUCGCCCGCGGCGUCGCCGUCGCGGAAGCUCUUCGACAAGCCGGGCACGCCCACCGCGGACGCCGCGGACCCGCCGCCGCCCGUCGCGCCCGCCGCGGGGCCCGCGCGGACGCCGCCCUUCGCCGCGUCCAAGGUGUCGCGCCGCGUGUCGUCCUUCGAGGCGACGGCGAAGAAGUCCGACGACUUCGACUUCGCGCGCACCAAGCCCAUCCUCCUCGAGUCGGGCAAGACGGAGACGACGAGGGCCCACGAGGCGGAGGAGCGCGCGACGCUCGAGGCCGCGGAGCCCGCGCCGGAGCCCGCGGCGGAGCCGGAGCCCGCGGCGGCGCCGGAGCCCGUGGCGGAGCCCGUGGCGGAGCCCGUGGCGGAGCCGGAGCCC